AUAGGCAUGAAGGACCUUUCACAGCUUCAAACGCUCCUUUCUAUCGUAUUCAACUGGGGAAUAGAUCCACUCCUCUCUCGAGCUUUACCGACAGUAACCAAAAAGCCGGUGCGCUCAAGCGGUGUUCCGCCAGACGCGCAUAUCAUCGACCUUACGACUGCGAAUGAAGACUUUACACUUCUCUUCGAGAUUACGAACCGCUUGCUGAAUAUCAUACUACCAGAGGGCCCAUUAUGCCCUUCGGCUACAACACACGUCGCGUUGACAGUGCUGAAUCAUGGAUUUGCCGAUCUGUUGAGGUCUUGCAUCUGCCUCGGGUGGUUACCUAAUGAUGUGCGGAGCGACAUCCCAUCAGCACUGAAUCUCAAGCCGUUCGUAUCGCGACUCUCAAAUGGCUUUCCACCUGCUCAGUCGAUGACAGCACUUGGCUCAAUUAUGAGGAAGCAUACCAAACCAUUAUACAUAUCGAGAAUUUGUAAAAUCCUUCUCACCGAGCAGCUUCUACGACCUGAUGGUGUUGCGGGUUUGUUCUCUUCUGUCUUCGGCGAGGAUGUUUCUUCUUCAGAAGCUCCUCUAGAGGAACUUCAGUCAACUUCAGAUGUUCUCAAUGCUCUACCUCGUAACUUUCCACCCGAGCAAUACUACCCGAUAAUGAUCCCACGUCUAUUGCACCUCUUAAGCCCGGGUAUGGACAAUAUGACACCUCCAUCUCAUAGGCGUGCUGCUGCAUUUGCAUUGUCGAGAAUGUUGACAACACGCAAAGACGAAGAUGACAAAGCUAGACCUGAUAUUCGGCAGAGUGACGCUUCACCCACAUUUGCGUCAGAAGAUCAAUUAUCAAAGGCUCAGUCAAUUGCCAAGAAUGCUCUCGUGCUACCACCCUCUCAAGCGGUGCCAACGCUCUCAACGAUCCUCAUGAACACAGACCCAUCGCCAGAACUAAUCGACGUCCUUCUACAGCCCAUCACGCCUCAGCUAUAUGCACUCCUCGAAUACUACCGCCUGAGCCGAAUAGCUGACCCGGUGAUGCGCUCGACGAUUGAGGGUCUGUUGAAUAUCUGGGCACGAGCGGCUGAAAAGCGUGAAGUCGUAGACGCACUGUGGAAGAUUGUUGAGGGUAAUGGUGGAGAAUGGGACGUUGACAAUAACGCCGAGCUGCGUGUCUUUCGAAGAUCAGUAUCACUCCCUUCACUCUCCAUAACUCAGCUUGCCGACUUGCAAGAAGGAAAGCUUGAGAUGGAGGGAGACGAAGAGAAUAACCCACUAAACCUGAACCCGCAUCCUCUGCACUUCGCUAAAUUCCUCAAAUCACUAAAGAGGGAAGACGUAGCAUCCGCACUCUACCUGCGUAUCCUCGACACGCACGUUAAGCUAGAUGACAAGGGCAACCCACUGCGAAAGUUGCUGCUCUUCCAGCUCAGCAUGAAAAUCUCCGAGCAAGUUGGCGCAGAUGCUCCAGCGGACAGCCCACUCCGUCGCCCAGACGUGACGCGUACGUUGAUGAUCAUCAAGAUGACAUUAGCGCAGGAGGUUGUGGUAGGAAAUGCUAAGGGCAGGAGGGAAGGUGGACUCUCCUUGGAGAGCCUUCGCAUUGUGCCUGAAGAAGGCGGGGAGGGCGGGGAAAGUGACAGCGACGACGAGGACCUUGCGCCUGGGUUGGAGGGCGUGAACAAGCGCGAGCAUCUGAGUGUUACAGCUGUCAACUUGCUUAUUGCUCUUCUGGAAGAACAUCCCGAUCUAUCGCCUAGAACCGUGCCCCUCCUCAAUGACAUCUAUGAGCAACUCGAGCCACUAGCAAAUUCAGAUUCCGAGGCUCUGCGGCCUCGGGCACGGGAAGCGAGGAUCAUACUAACCGCGCGACUUGCGUCGUCGAGCUCGUUUCCUGUGAAGGGGGAUGAGCAAGAGGGUGUGGGGGAAGAGAGUCCGCGAGAGAAAUACCAGAGAGCGUUGAAACUUUUACAAGACCCAUUGCUGCCUGUGCGUGCUCACGGGUUAUUGUUAUUGCGUGAGCUGGUCGCACCAGCGAGCACCGCCCCAAGGAGGCGGGAUAAAGAUAAGGCGGGUGGGUCGGCGACCGUCAGCACCGUGCAAGGUGUUGGAGUCGCUGCGCCGUCGGUCGAUGUGGCGCUUGUGCCGGGCAUCCUGUCUAUUUUCAUGCAGUCGAUCCAGGAUGAGGAUUCCUACAUUUUCCUGAACGCUGUACAGGGGCUUGCAGCACUAGUCGAUGGGUUCGGGCAGGAAGUGCUCUUGGGCCUUUUAGAUGAGUAUGCUAAAGGUCUGGAGGGAGUAGGAGGGUCGGAGGCGACGAUGACGACCAGGGAAGUAGACUUGCGUGUUCGAAUAGGGGAGGCCUUAGGCCAAGUCAUCAAACGCUGUGGGGGCGCGCUUGGGAAAUAUGUUGACAUCAUCGUCCCACGUCUCUUCGCAGUCGUACGGGCGUCCCAUCUCCCUACAACGUUGCGGACGUCUGCUGUGUCGCUACUGGCCACCGCAACGGAUACAAAUGCUCUUGCAUUAAAUUCAUAUUCGGUAGAUCUUAUAGGUACUAUGGUAGACCUUGUGCAGAUCGAGUCCUCCGGGGCCAAUUUGAUUCCGCGGCGACGCGCCACUGUAGGAGCAAGUCGAGAAGCGCUGUCCGAGAUCGAGGGUGAAGAGGUCACAAUGGACACUCGCCCCACCGUGUCGAAUCCGAAGUUUCCGCCACUAAGACGAGCGGCAUUGCACUUUCUUUUGCUCCUCAUACGUGGAUUGACUUCGCGUGUG